AAAGUCCAUCGCUGAAUUGGUGUUCAGUUGUGGCUCAAUAGCUGCCUGACUGACACCCACCACCACCUCCACAGUUGUGUAACUUUCUCUGUCUGCACCCGGAGUGUUCUGAGCAGCCUGUCCGCGCUGCUCCUUUAAUUUCUGAGCCGAUUUCCAGAAAGCAGCAAACUGUAACAGGCUCAGCGAUCCUCCCCCUGAUGGAUUAUUUAACAGGCGCUCAGUCCCAUGUCGCCAUCUGCUACUAUAGGAAGAAAAACACCGCGGCGGAAUAUUCUCCGAAGGCUCCACACACGAGGCGGUGGUUAUUCGGCAGCAAAACGGGUAAACAAACCGGUUAGAUAAAAGUAGUUUGCUUGGAUAUUAAACUUUGCGCAACAGGUGUUUGGGAUUUUACGCGCGUCAGAGAGAAGAGAAGUGGACACCUGAGCCACGGCGACGCGUAAAACAUAAGAAAAGGGGUUCAUUCAGGUUAAUAGUAAUGCACUGAGUUUUAUUUCAACAUGUAAACAGGUGUCUCAUGGUAAAAUGCGCAGCUUAUGAACCGAGCCGACCGUUGCGCAUUGGAGAUCCAUGGAUGGAUAACUGAGCCGCCAAACAAAAUCAACCCGCUGACUGACGUGAUCUGAGGCUUUUGUGAGUACAAUGCUGACCUCAUCCGCACGGUGAAGCUGAUCGGGGUGAACGAAGGCAACCGUACGGCAGGAGAGUCCCAGUCUGCUCCAGCCAUGGUGGUGGACGGCGACCGGACGCUGCUCGCCGCCAGGCAAGGCGACGUGCAGACUCUCAAAGUGCAAUUAGCGUCGAAAGCGCUCACCAGCGACGUCAAGGACGGGCUGGGGGCCUCCCCUGUCCACCACGCAGCCCGGGCCGGGAAGCUCACCUGCCUGCGCUUCCUGGUGGAGGAGGCAGGGCUGCCGGGGAACUGUCUGGCCAACAAUGGGGCGAACCCGGCGCAUGACGCGGCGGCCACGGGUAACCUGGCCUGCUUACAGUGGCUGCUGACCCAGGGAGGAUGUCGGCCAGAGGACAGGGACAGCUCUGGUGCCACUGUUCUCCACCUCGCAUCCCGUUUCAGCCACCAUGAAAUCACCGACUGGCUGCUAAAGAGCGGUGAGGGCGACCCCGGAGCCUCCACCGAUACCGGCGCCCUACCUGUUCACUACGCCGCUGCCAAGGGAGACCUGCCCUCUCUCCGACUGCUGCUGGGGCACAGCCCAAAUGUUGUCAACUCCCAAACUAAGAAUGGUGCCACACCGCUCUACCUGGCCUGCCAGGAGGGUCAUCUGGAGGUCGUCCAGUACCUGGUCAAGGAUUGCGGAGCUGAUCCGAGCAUCAGAGCCAAUGACGGGAUGACACCUCUGCACGCUGCUGCCCAGAUGGGCCACAACACUGUCAUCGUAUGGCUGAUGAGUUUCACAGAGAUCAGCCUGGCGGACAGGGACGGUGACGGAGCCACGGCGAUGCACUUUGCAGCCAGUCGUGGUCACGCCAAAGUGCUCAGCUGGCUGCUGCUGCACGGCGGAGAGAUCGUCACCGACAACUGGGGAGGGACGCCCUUACAUGACGCUGCAGAGAACGGGGAACUGGAGUGCUGUCAGAUCCUGGUGGUGAACGGGGUGGAUCUGGGCAUCAGGGACCAGGACGGCUUCACAGCUGCAGACCUGGCCGAAUACAACGGCCGCUCCCAGUGUGCCAAGUACCUGCGCACCGUGGAGAACAUGAGUGUGGAGCACCGCGUUUUGUCUCGGGACCCCUCGACGGAUCUCGAGUACAAGCAGCCGGACUCGGGUCUGUCGUCCCCGAACACCACCAUGCCUCCCACCAGCCAGGCGGCACACUUCGACAUCAGCUCGCCGUCCAGCUCCCUGUCCAACUAUGACUCAGCCAACUCCAGCCAGUCCAGCACCGGGGAGAAGAGAAGCAGCUUAACGAUGUCACGAGGCCCACCGGCUCAGCUCAGCACAGUGGCGCACACAGGUGCGUCAGACUCGGCCAUCUCAGACAUGCAGGCAUACAUGGACAUGCUAAACCCAGACAUCGGCUCUGACGUGCCCAAGAAGACUGAGGUACCUGCUGAUUCGAAGGCCCCGCCGCCGCCACCGCCAGCGUAUCCACCGCCUCCUCCUCCACAGUGCCCCCCGGUGCCUCCUCCGCCCCCGAGCUACCCGGCGCCGAAACCCCCUCAGGAGCCUUCGUCAGCUGAGUUUCUGAAGGUGAAGGGCAACCUGCGGCACGUGGAGAACAAAAAGGAGCUGACUUCCGGAGAAAACCACGAGAAACUGCGCCGUGUGGAUUCAAACAGGAAGUCGAGGAGCUUCAACAAGCAGCCCAGCACUGGGGACUAUUACAAGACGCUGGGCAGCGACACCGCAGAGCGCCGUGGGAGCAAAGGCAUGGCGCCCAACGAGGAGGGUUCCGCGUUACUGGAGGAGCCGACCGACAGCCCUGCCCACAGCUCUGAAAACGGCACCACGGAGGAAUCCGUCCCGCCUCCACCUCCGCCUCCUCCGCCUCCGCUUCCCCACAGCAAUCCGAUGCCAACACCCCCUCCGCCUCCUCCGCUGCCCCCGGAGACGCAAACCACCGCCCAGAACAACGCCAGUGGCACCUCCAGCAGCACGCAGCGACGCCCAUCUUCCUCAUCAGGAAGCACAAAAUCUUUCAACAUGAUGUCCCCCACUGGAGACAACUCGGAGCUGCUGGCAGAGAUCAAAGCAGGGAAGAGCCUCAAGCCCACGCCUCACAGUAAAGGCUACACCACCGUGUUUUCCAACAGCGGACCCACAGGCAACAACGGAAACUCCACAUCCCCAGAGCCUCCCCCAUCCAGCCCACCAGCCAAACCACCAUCCCCUCCGCCGUCCAACACGUCCAUCACCUCUCCGCCCAUCACCUCCCCGCCCAUCACCCCGAGUCCCAGCCCCAGUCCCACCGGCUCUGGCUCCGGAUCCGCCAGGACCAUGUCCACCUCCGCCAGCUACGAGCAACUGCCCUCCAACUCUGUGAUCAACGGGAACAGCGGCAGCGGAGGAUCGGCGAAAGCAGAGUCGGGGAGGAAGACGAGCCUGGCGGAUGUGGAGACGCUGGUGCCCACUCAUGACGAGCAGGGAAAGGCCAUCCCUGAAUGGAAGAGGCAGGUGAUGGUGCGGAAGCUGCAGUCGAAGAUGCAGGAGGAGGAAGAGCACAAGCGCAAGGCCGAGGAGGAGGCAGCUCGCCUGGCAUCGAUGCCGGCCUGGAGGAGAGACAUGAUGAAGAAGAAAAUGGAUGAAGAGAGAUGUGACAGGGAACAAAAAAGAAAAGCAGAAGAGCAAGCCAAACAGGCGAAGGAGAAGGAGGAGAAGACGGAGCUGGAGCGACUACGAACCAUGGGCUACGAUGAAACCAAACUGGCCCCCUGGCAGAGGCAGAUCAUCCUGAAGAAAGGGGAUAUAGCCAAACAGUGACCUGGAUCGCCCUCCCCCAGCGCCUCGCCCUCCCCGACCCUCCAACCCAACACCGAACGGCCUGGAGGAGCUCGUCCAAACUCUUUUUACUCUCCAGAAACGCCGACCAGCCUGCAGGCUCUGAGGUUCACGUUGGGUUAAACUCAACAGAACGAUCCUCCACUUCCCACUGAAAGUCUCACGGACACAAACUCUCAGUCUUUUAGCUUAAACGACACAUCUGACAUGCACUGACUCUCCUCGCUUAAGACAUCUGCUAUAAACGCACAUGUCCUGAACUAAAUUAUCUUCAUCUGCUUUCCUACAAAUCACUAGAAAUAGAAUUAUUUCCUAAAGUAGAUGUAAGAGGCUUGUGAUAGAUUAAAAGAGGCUACCUGUGAGCAUUUCUGCCAUGAGGAAAACGCUCCUUAUUGCAUUUAUAUUGUCCCUUUAUUAGCCUCGCUCACCGUUAUGUAAUGAAUGGAGACGUAGCUCCAACAACUCAGCAAAGGCUUGUUCCGCUCUGAAGCAGCUAAUGCGUUCUGUAUGUAGAUAGCAUCACAUCUUUAUCACGUCUUAGUCGGGACAUUUUUGUACGGAGCUCAUAGAAGCACUUCCUAGGCUUCAGUUUACUGCCAGAGUCAUAAUUCUCGUAAGAAGCACAUCCUAACACGGCUAAUCCGCUUCUUUAGCUAAGCUUGUCGUCAUUUUCCUCUGAUAAGAUAUUCUAUUUUAAAUAAUGCAAAGAUUGUCUAGCUGUGCAAAUCGAAUUUUACUAAUUUUUCACUGGAGAGAAGUAAAAAGAAAAACAAAAGCUGCAAAGUUCCAAUUGAAUUUUCUAAAUACGUGAGCUAAAUGUUCAGCUGUUGUGAUCAUGAAUGUGAAAUGUGGUGUGCAUGUGUUGCAUGUCGUGGUGUAUUAUUACUCGACCCGCAGGACCUGAAUUCUCAGAGAAUAUCAAGAAGAUAAAAGCUAGUUUGGUAUAGAUGUGGAUAUGGCCUUUCUGCAAAAAAAAAAAAAAAAAAAAAAAGACAAAAAAACAGAA